GGCGGCGGCGGCGGCGAUGGCGGGGGGCCCGGCGGCGCGGCGGGGAGCGGCCGCGGGGCCAUGAGGGCGGGCUCCGGCCAUGGCCCAUGGCAGCGCCGCGGUCAUGCUCAAGUGCGUGGUGGUGGGGGACGGCGCCGUGGGCAAGACGUGCCUGCUGAUGAGCUACGCCAACGACGCCUUCCCCGAGGAGUACGUGCCCACCGUGUUCGACCACUACGCAGUCAGCGUCACCGUGGGGGGCAAGCAGUACCUGCUGGGGCUCUACGACACCGCCGGACAGGAAGACUAUGAUCGUCUGAGACCUUUAUCUUAUCCUAUGACCGAUGUCUUCCUUAUCUGCUUCUCAGUGGUAAACCCUGCUUCAUUUCAAAACGUGAAGGAAGAAUGGGUACCAGAGUUGAAGGAGUAUGCACCUAAUGUUCCCUUUUUACUAGUAGGAACACAGAUUGAUCUUCGUGAUGACCCAAAAACUCUGGCAAGACUGAAUGAUAUGAAAGAGAAGCCCUUAUCUGUGGAGCAAGGACAGAAAUUAGCAAAAGAGAUAGGAGCCUACUGCUAUGUGGAAUGUUCAGCUUUAACACAGAAGGGACUGAAGACUGUUUUUGAUGAAGCUAUUAUAGCCAUUCUGACUCCAAAGAAACACACGGUGAAGAAGAGGAUAGGCUCAAGAUGCAUAAACUGCUGUUUAAUCACGUGAGAUACAUUUGACAAUGGCCAAGCUUACUGUGAAAUUCUACUGAAUUUAAAUACAACGCAUUAAGGUACACGGUGAACUUGUUUGAAAGCUAAAACUAUGAUUCUGCCUUCUACAACCAGUGAAAUCCAGAGGAAUAAAAUCAAACUCAAUGAACUUGUAAUAAGAAGCCACCACGUCUGUUACAAAUAUUUUAUUAAGACUGGAAGGUACAAUCUCUCAGGGUUACAUAGUCUAGAGGAAGCAAAAACUGCACCAUGUUGAAACAGCAUCUGUGUGAUGCUACUGAGUGGAGAUGCUUGGCCUGAAAUACUCUAACUGAAUUUGGAUAGUCUUCUGCUUUGACUACACAUAUACAUAUAUAUCUAAAAAACAAAACAAAACCCAACAAAAAACAUUUGCACAGUCUGUAUGGAAUCUGCACAAUGAAAUACCUUGUCUCUCUUUGCUCCAGUUAUCUGCUUUUGUAUGUAAGCUGCUUCCGGUUCCAGUGUAUCCACAGAGGUGCAAUAAUCAGACCAGCCAUAUAGCCAAAGGUAGCUCCGAGGGAACAGGAAAUGGGCCAUACCUGAGGGGAGAAUGCAAGGUAAAAACAGACAUUGAGAAAAAUGUUUGUGGUUUUUUGUACUUUGUGAGCACAAAUUCUCAGUGUAACCUAGGUACUGAAAGACAAUGCAGUCUCAUUCUGCUUUAAAGCUUGAUGUGCUUUCCUAAAAAUGCCAAAAGUGUAACAGUCAUACAUGCAUCUUCAUGAACACUAAAUGCUGUUGUACACUUUUUUAAUUAAUACACAUUAAAAUGUAACCAGGCUUCUGGCUAUUGCAGACGUUAGUUUGAUAUUCCCAAAACUAUGUGAAAAACCUGGAAGUAUUUAUAUCCUGUGAAGUGUUCAGCUAACCUGACUGUUCUGCUGCACACAUUGGGAAACCUGAAGAUUUCUUUGUGACAGUUGGACUCAAUUAUCUUUGUAGGUCCCUUCCAACUGAAACUCUUCUAUUUUAAGUCUGCCUCUUUCAGUCUUUCCUUCCAAUUUCUCAUGACAUUCUGAAACUUUCAGAGGUGUGUCUAAAUGAACUACUCAAAUAAGGCCAGAGAUUGAGAUGAAUAGAGGGUUUUUCUUUUGAUCUUGAAAAGUAGGCAAAGGGAUGAGUUCCCUUUCUGGCUAGCAAAAGGAAGGAAACGUAAAUUUGGAAACUGAACAUUGCACCCAGUUCAGGAAAAAUAUCGUAUUUUAUAAUAUAACAUAGAAUAUAAAACAUAAAAAUGUUGAAGACUCCAGGAGUGUUUUAAUUAUAAGCUUUAUUUCCUGACAUAAGAGCUGAGAACUGACUCAAUACAGCUGACUCACUUUAACAAAGCAUCUAGUAUGGAAGAGAAGUAAUGGACCCCUCGCCCCCUUUUAAAUUGGUAUUGAUUUGCACGGAGGAAGGGCCAAAACAAAACUGCAACCAUUCUAUCCUCAGAUGUAGCAUAUUUUACCAGUCAACUACGUGCUGCGUUUGAUGAAGGUUCCGACUAAGCUGGCAAUUAAAAAUAUUUAUUGUAGAAUAAACUGAAUUCCCAUCCCUCUUCAAAAUUCUCCUUUGCACAUUGCAGGGUCAAUUUUGCACUUCCUGCUGUACAGUUCUUAAGCGAGUACAGACUGCACUCUCCUAUUCUUUAUUUUUUAAAUUAAGGGGGAUUUUCCCACCUUCUAUAGUACUUGAGACUGAGAAAUGCACUAGACGUUAAAGAAUAUAUCCACAUCUCAGUGCCCAGGCUUUUUUCCUACUUCAUUUUGACUGGCAAUUCAUGACUAUCAAAUGAAUUUACUCUUAAUGGUACUGGUUCCUCCUUUCACUCAUUUUCCUAGCUCUAAUUCUUCUCCUUACUUCGUUAUCACUUGGAGAAAUAUAUUUAUUCAUGUCCUUUGAUCAUCGGAAUUUUUACUAGGAAUAAGAGUAACUUAUUUUGUCCUCUGCUGUUUCAUCUUCACAUUCCUUAGCAUUCGCAGUUUUAUAUAUUAUUUGGAGGUCUUAAGGAGUGUAGCAAAGAUGACUAUAAACAAGGUGCCUUAGGUACUCUUUAUUGACCUUGUUUCAUUCUUCCAUUUCCGGACAUUGUCUCUCUGCUACUUGGUUUUGUUGCCAGAAUGUUUUGGCUGGUGCCUCUCAAACCAAAGACUUGCUUGUUUCCAUUCAUUUAACAGUGGCAUUGUAGAUCUUCUAUAAAAAACCUUGAGAUGCUUUGGCAUGGUAAGAUAUUACAUGUAUGUAAAACUCACAUGACUUUGUGGCCUUGGCUAAACUUAUGCUUCAGGUAGAUCUUUUCAACUUUUAAAUAAAAUUUAAUCAAGUUAUUUCUAGCAUUUUGCAGGCUAUUACGUGUGUGUAAAGGACAAAGCAAAAAAACCUCCCUGUGACCCCAGCUGCUCACUCAGUAACAUUUGGUGGAAACGGCAAUCAAACUUUCUUAUCCGCUGGUGAAGUCAAAUACCACUCUAAUAUCUACUAAACUAUGGACAGAGGCUUCACAAGUCAGUGGUCUUUUUUGCAUCAAAUUCUCUAUCUGUGAGCGAUCAACGAUCCUUCAUUAAAUUUUACCUACAUUAGGUGAAUCUGUAGUUGCCUAUUUGCUUUUCAGAAGUGUAAGUAGAUGUCGGACUCUGAAUUUGUCAUGUUCCCGUAACCGGUGAAUCGAUAUCCCUGAUGACCCAUUCACCCUGUAUCUUUUGGUAUUUUGUGUAUAGUGGGCAAUUGUUGCUACGAUUAAAAGGAUCUCUGUUGAUUGUUGUAGCUUCUUUUCCUGACUGAAUCGCAACUUGGAGCACAGUUUCUCAAUAGUUUUUCUGAAUUAUGUAACCGUCAAUGUUGUUGAUACCUCCAUCUGCCCUCCAAACCACUCGGUUUUUGCUUUGCUUUUUAAAAAUCAGUGUUACCUCACAGAAGUUUCAGGCUGUCUCACUUAACGAAUAACCUCUGAAAUCCAACCCUCACCAAUGGCAGCCAGCAAAGGUAAGGAAGGGUUAAAGGUGAGAAACCAUACAACACCUCCUUCUCACUGACCGUGAAUGAAAAAGAAAAGAAACACCACCCUUCCAGUGCCACAGAAGGGUACUAGGUCAGGUACAUUAUUAAUAUUAUUAUUGUGUCAUGUACCGUACACUGGUCAAAUGGCCCGAAAUAGUUCUGAAGGCAGACUGGUUGGCCUUCUUAAAACUCCCUAAGCACAGGAGUUAAAAGCCUGGAAUUAAGAGAAUUGCUGUGCUUAUGCUAUUUUUGCUAACCCUUAAAGCAGGGCAAAAACCAAAUGAACAGGUGAUGAUACUAGCUCUGCACCUUUUGUUCUUGACUGCUGGCCUUUGGACUAUUUAUAGCCAGAUGCACUCAAGGGUAUAUCUAAAGAAGCAAAUUAUCAAAGACAGAUUAAGAUGCGGCUCUUAAGCCCAUCAGCUGCACUGAAAUAACAGUCCUUCUGGAUGCUUUUUGCUCUGUGGCAAAUGCAGUGCAAUUUGUCUAAGAAAGCGGAUUGCUUUCCUUUGCAUUAGCUGCUGGCCUCAUUCUUCUGAGAUCCAAUCACUUUCCACCGGACCUUCUAAAAUGAAUUUGACUUGCACGAUCAGUCUGCUUUUGCCCUGUCUUCAGUAGUUUCUCUUAAACUUGGUUUGGCGUCCCUGACUUAGUAUUAACUAAGUGAUAAAUAUCUAAGCAGCUGAUACCCACCUGCCUUUUUCAAGAGUUUCCAUUCCACUUGUGUAAUGUACCCAACUUGUAACACAGCCCUUUCUCCUUCUGAGCACUACUCAGCUCAGCGUCUCCUACUUCAUGCCCCUUUUUACCAUGGGGAAGCUGACAUACCCUACUCCAUCACUGAUGUCAUGCUUGGGCUGGGGCAGCAGCAGGGGAAUAAGAUGUUAGGCACCACUGCCUAAUUAAACGUUUUUGAGGGGGAAGGAGUUGAGCUGGAUGGAAAAAUAUGGGGAGCGUAGGAGGCAGGACAGAACAUUCUUCAGGAAACUGUCGUGAAAUACCUUGUGUAUCACAGCAGCUGGGAAGCAUCAGCUUACCAUCCUCACAGCCUAAUACAAAAACUGUCAGUUUACAUAUCAAAUGCAUGAGGAAACAGGCCAGUUCUAACAACCUGUAUAUGAUUACUAGGAAGCUGAACAGGGGCUUGGCAAAAACAAAUCCCCACCUACAUGCUCAAGAAGCACACAAAUUGAAUUUUAAGGGACAGAGCAGAAGCCAAUGAUUAAUAGAAAACAAUCCUGACUUCUGCUGUUUCAAUUUUCUUUUUCCCUUGUUCUUUUCAUCUGGCAUCGGUGAUAGAACUUAAAAAGAAUUUCUUUAGGCUAGCUAAACAGGCACUGCAGAAUUGCAAGGUUUCUAUUAUAUAUAAGAAUUUAUCUUAAGAACAAGGACUCAACAGAAAUUGCCAGCCUUUCAGAACAUAAAUGAGCUAGUUUCCCAAGUGCUCUUUAGAACACCUAUGAGCUGAUGUGUGAAUGCUUAGCGCAUUGCAUGGAAAGCAGAGCAUGUUGCAGGAGAACAGCAAGUACUAUGCACGUAACUAAUUAAAUCAGACUUCCGGCUGCAUGACAGUUUUGUCCUCUACUAUGAGUCUGCAACUUGCAUCCCAUGCAGCGGUAAUUACAUAAACACUGAUAAUGACAUAAAGGCCAGAUUCUUACAGACCAGAGCAGUAAUACUCUAAUAAAGUUUUAAAGGAUAUUGUAAAGUAAGCAGCUGACUGCUGGAAGUUUAAUUACAUAAAGGCAGUGGGGGCAAUCUACUGUUUGGUUUGGGUUUUUUGUUUGUUUUCAAGUAAACCAGUCCCAUUCUCUAGCUGAGUGCUUUUCUCAUAUUCCUAAACUAGGAUUUUUUUUUGUAUUGUUGCUAUUUCAAAAGAUCCAUUUUUGACUGUCAAUUGGAAAGCUAUGUAAGAUUUUUGUUUCAUUUAAAAACUGAAUAAAUGAGCACAAAGAC